UUAAUUUUUUAAAAAAUUAAAAUAAUUAAAAUAAAGGAGUCCCCUUUAAUUACAGAAAAAAAAGUGUUAACAAAAAUAGUUUUUUUUUUUACUGCCAAAUAAAACCAAGUGAUAUACAAAUACAUACAAAAUAAUCCUUAGACUUCAUACUAAAUUAAACAACUUAAAUUAAGAUCUCAAAACAAAAUAUUUAAUUAUUAUUUAAAUAAUUUAUUAAAAAAAAAAAAAAACCAAGUGUUUGGAAUUAAACAAAAAAAAUUUUUUUUUUGUUAACCAAGAAUCGGUGGAAAAAUACAACACAGACCGAUCGGCUAGAAACACAAAAAAAAAAAAAAACAGCAUCAAGUCAACCACUAACGCCAACAUCUACGUCUUCGUCAAACAAAAAGAAAAAAAAAAAAAAACUGCAGCACAAAGAGCAACAAGCCUCAGCUAGCAGAACCAGCAACAACAGUCCCAGUCAGCCACCACAAUCUCUCGAAAUUAUCCAUAGCGAGCCACCACAAAGGAUCGUCGUCAUCCAUCGUCGUCUUUUCUUCAUCGUGUCGAGUCGUCGCCGUAGUCAAUUCGUUCCGUUCGUAGCUGGAGAUCAAUCGUUCGAGCUCAAAAGCUGUACGCUCGCUCCACAAAUAGUUUUUGAUCUUGUUGACCAAUCUUGCUCUUGCUGCCACCAUUGCUACACAACAUACAUACUCACUCAAAAAAAAUACCCACACGCAUAUUUGCCUUUUUUAAUUUAUUUUAAUUUAUGUCUUGUUACACGAUAAUUUUUUUUUAUUUUAAAUAAAUGCAAUGUUAUAUGAAUAAACGUCGCCUAUAAUAUAGAAAAAUAAAAAAAAAAAAAACAACAACGAACUUACACUCUCUGACAAACACACAAAAGCAAGAAAACAAAAAAUCUUAAAGAAAGAAAAGUAUAAAGUACGUUUAAAGGCGUCAAAAUCAGGAAACCAAAUUAUAUACAAAAUAGUAAGCAAAAGUGAAUAUACAAAAUAAACUCGAGGCCACAACCCUAUCAAUAAAAAUUAAAAAAAAAAAAAACUACAUCCUACAAGUUAUAUUCAGCAGCGAUAGAAAAACGUAAUACGGAAAUUUGCAACGUUUUUUUGUGUGUUUUUUGUUUUUAAAUCAGCAACAACGAGAACAAAAGCGUGUGUCCCACACAAAAACAACACAAAAAGAUAAGAUCUAUAAAUCUGCAUCCAUAUUUUCAACACAACAAGAUCACUGAUUCAGCGCCAGCAACACUAGAACCAGCAGCAGCUAGCUAAAAGCUUUUUUGACCAAAAAAAAAAAAAAACGAUCGCGACAGAAAAAAUGUCUGCAGCAAUUAUGCACAACAACGCAUCUAUUUAUCACGAUUGUGGUGAAUUUCUACUAAAGAAUCAACAAUCAUCUAUACAUUUGCAUCAGUCAGCAACGAAUGCGGUGGCAAAUUCACAAUCGAACAACAACAACAAUAAUAACAAUACAGUAAACAACAACAAUAAUAACAAUAUCAACAACGCAAUGUUGACAGUAACUCAUUUGGCAUCGACUGGUGUUUCACUUCUUAAUUCAAAUGUUUUAAAUAAUAAUUUGAAUUUGAACACAACCAAUCAAAAUGGUAAUACAUCUUCGUCUGUUGCAGCCUCAGCUAAUAUUAUUCAACAUCAUUUGAAUGUGUUGUCUGCACAACAGCAGCAGCAACAACAACAACAACAGCACCAACAACAACAACAGGAUCAAGAACAAAAAGCAUACAUCCAUACAGCUUUAACACGUGCUGUAUCACAUCCUCAAAACAGUGCUGCCAAUGUUGUUUCACUAGUUAAUACGUUGCUCGAAAAUUGCCACCGCAAAUUGGAAAGGACACAAUCUGAGCCAUUGCCACAGGUUAACACAUCUAGAUACAAGACCGAGCUGUGUCGUCCAUUCGAAGAAGCCGGUGAAUGUAAAUAUGGAGAAAAGUGCCAGUUUGCUCAUGGUUAUCAUGAGUUGCGCAACUUACAAAGACACCCAAAGUACAAAACUGAAUAUUGCCGCACCUUUCAUAGUGUCGGCUUUUGCCCCUAUGGUCCUCGAUGCCAUUUCGUCCAUAAUGCCGACGAGGCACGUGCAAUGAUUCAACAACAACAACAGCAACAACAACAACAGCAACAUCAUCAGCAACAAAUUCAACAUCAAAAUCGUAUCAAUGCUGCAUUUGCUCGUCAAAAUGCUCUAAACAAUCAUCCACUACCAUUAAGUCCACCGUUGUCAAUGUCAACUGGAUCUGAUCGUGCCUCACCAACUGGCUCUAUAUCUCUUAGUCCAACAAAUUCAAUGGGUAGUUUUCCAUUUGUUGAUCAGAUCAGUCCGGCUAGUUCGGUAUUUCAAACAACGGCUUUUUCAUACAAUCAUAGCCCACCAGCCAGUCCAAAUAGCCCAAUGUCACCUGUUAAUACACCACCACCAUCAAUUAUUAUGACUGGCAAUAAUAAUAACAAUAAUAACCAUCAGUACAUUAAGCCGAUCUCGCAGACACGCAUUUCAAACAAAUCUAGCUCACCAAUAUCAAUUGUGGCUAAUGGUGGUAAUAGCUCAGCUAAUAGCACCACAUCUGGCAAUAACACUUCAAGUGCUGCAAGCAGCGAAGAAGCACGUCUUCCAGUCUUUAAUAGACUCAGCUCAACCUUAGAUGCUUUUUCUAAUUUAGCCCUUUAAGUUGUGUGCUUUGUUUUAAAAAUUAACAACAACAAAAAACAAACAAAAAAUAUCAGGACAUUCGAUAGAAUAUGCCAUUUUUUUAAAAAAUCUAUUUUAUAUAUUAACUUUUUCAUUGGACUUUACCUUAUUAUAAUAAUUCCCGUUUCAAAGCUUUUUUGGAAUAACAAACAAAACAAAAACAAAAUCGAACUGACCAAAUCAAUUAGAUUGACUAUAUAAAAAAAAAUGCCGCAGGUGAACAUAUUAGUUCUUAUAUAUCAGCAAGUAUAUAUAUAUUUUUUAAAAAAUUAUUUCUGUUCAUAAAAAAAAAUGUUUUUUUUUUUUAUAAUAACUAUUCUAUUAUAAAUUAUGUAUCUAUAUUUUUUUUAAAUAUUUGAAAUUUAUUUUUGAAAGAUAAUUUAAACAAAAUUUCCGACGAAAUGCCUACACACAAUAGCUGUGUAUAUGUAAAUACAACAACAACAACAAAAAAUUAAUUAAAUUAAAUCGAAAAACAACUUUUAUUGUAUAAAAACUUGUUUGGAAGUGAUAUAAACUUACUAAUUUUAUUAAAAAAAAAAAAAAACAAAAUAUCUAUCUUUAUAUUUUUUUUAUUUUUAUUUGUUAAUUAAGAGUCUUGUGUAUGUGCAAGAGCACAAACUAUAUAUUGUGAGAAACAAUUAAGAAAGAAUUUUGACUUAUUCUGCUUUUUAUAUGAGUUUUGAAUAAUUAUUUUUAUAUUUUUCAUGGAUUUUAAACAAACAUUAUAACAGAUUAAGAGUAAAACGCAUAUAGUAAAGCAGAAUAGUCUAAAUUUCUGAAUUUGAAUUUUUGUUAAAUAAUAUUUUGCACAAAUAAUUGAAGAAAAAAUCAAACAACAACAACAAAUCACUGUUUAUAUAAAACCACACAAAUAAUUUUUGUUUAAAAAGAACUUAGCGCAAGACACAAGAUAUUACAAAUUAUUAUUCUCAAAGUGCCUUAUAUAUAUUUUUUUUUAAUUUAUUAUUAUUUAAUAUGAUUGUUAUAUAAGCCUUUCCAUAUAAACGAUUAAUAGUUGUAGUGACAAAUAUUGAAAAAAAAAACAAAAAAAAAUGAAAGUUAAAAACAAAAAAGUCAUAAUGCUGAAAUAUGCUGUCUUCCGCUUAACAUUUAUUAUUUAUAAAAAUAAAAUUAAAAAAAAUCUUCUUUGUUAGACUGUAUGGCGAAGAUAAAAAAAAAAACGACCAAGAAUACGUGUUACCCCAUUUAUAUAUUUCCCUUUUUUAUCUAGUUUUGUAGUAAUUUAAGCCAUUUUGCAAUUUUUUUUUAUAUAUAAUCAUGAUUAAUACAAACAAUGUUAUUAUUUAUUUUUCAUUUUUAUUUUUUUUUUUUUCAUUUCACUCUUAAUUGCGCAUAUUUUAUUUAAUUAUUAUAUUUUUCUGCUGAAACAAAAAAUGCUUCUCUGAAUCAAAGCGACAAAAAAGACAUUUUUUUGAAAAUGAAAACAACAACAAAAUAAAAAAAAAAAACAAAUCUCAAAUUAUAUUUUUGAUUUUAGAAUCCAUCGAUUAUAUUUUAUUGAAAAAAAAAAUCAAA